AUGGCCGACCCUUCCGCACAACCUCAGAGUCAGCAACUCUUGAGGAAACACUCGUUGCAGUAUUCGUCGUCUUCGCUUGCCCACCAAUCAUCCCAAGGCCCGCCCAAGCUACGCAGAAGCGCCUCGGCUGCCGUCCGCUCCCAGUACAACACGUCGUCGCACACGACCAAUCAAUCCCGCCGACCGACCAAUCCCAGUCUUGCGCGCGACCUGUCCGAGCCUGAGCUGCGUUCCCACAACGGCCUUUCUUACAACCAUCUCGCAAACCUCGACGAACACGCUGCCGACGAGAACCCCCAGCUGCGCGUCGUACCGCCGGACGGUGCAGCUCGCCCGGAUUCCAUCUCGCUCUUCAGCGCUGCCUCGCACUCGCACGACAACUCCCCAUCUCCCUCUCCCGUCGGCUUGUCUGCACCCCACUCUGCAAACGCCCAGGCCCUCUCCAACCAGCCCAAACGCCCUUCCAUCUCUCUCAGGUCGCAGACGGCCGGCUCGCGCUUCAACUCGCUGCGUCACUCGACUAGCUUCCGCCUCACUCGCAACAACUCAUCCGCCGGUCCCAUGGACAGUCUGUCACCCCGUCCGGAGGGUUCGAAACGUCUUAGUGAUGAACUGAAAGCAAAGAAGAAGAGCAGCUUCAGCAUAUCUAGCUUGUUCAAGUCUCCCGGCCGCCCGACCAUCUCAGCUCCCGAAAACCCCGUUCACAUCACUCAUGUCGGCGUGGACAACCGCACCGGCGAAUUUACCGGUCUUCCUCGUGAAUGGCAGAACAUCCUGGCAAGUGCUGGCAUCUCGGAGCAAGAACAAAAGCGAGACCCCAAGGCCAUCGUGGACAUCGUGACCUUUUACAAAGAGAAUGCAGAGAAAAACCCCGAAGAUGGCAUUUGGCAGAAGUUCGGCCAGGCUCAUGCGCGCGACACACCACAGCACAUGUCUCCUCCAAGCGGCCUCACAUCACCCAUGGUAACUCCCAGCUCUGGCUUUUCAUCAAUGGUCAGCCCUCCUCAAAGCCCACGAUUCCCACCCAACAACGAGGAUAGCUUCGAGAAUCCUAGAGCUGCUCCUCCUGUUCCCCGUAACGUUGGACUGGGCCUUGGUCCCAUGUCGCCUACAAUGCCCAGCAGCAAUACAAUUCCUCUGCGUGCGGCUCCUCGUCCUCCUGGUGCAAACGCAACUGGCUCUGGUAUGACUCCUGCUCGCGCAGCCCCUGCGAUUCCCACGUCUCCUCAACAACAGAAACCCCAAGACGAACACCCUGCCGUCCAAUACGCACCCUCUACUAUCAACGAGGUUUCACAGCCUGCUGCUUCUCGUUCACGGUCAAAUACCGCGACUCAAGCACUAGCCGUUGCCUCACCAUAUGCCUACCAACAGCAACAGCAACAAGCCAUGGCUGCGGCUCAGGUAGCACUUCAACAGUCAAAUAUCGAACGCAAACAAAGUCAACGUACCCCUCAACCACAGCACGUUCAAGUUCCAAGCGCCCAAGCUGUCCCUGCACCCGGCCAGGAGUCUCGCGUCGGGCCUGUUCCAAGACCAAGACAACGCCCUCAACGUCAAAGCCAGCAGCAGAACAGCGAAAUUAUCCAGAAGCUGAAUGCAAUCUGCACACCCGCGGAUCCCACAAAGAAGUACCGUAAUCUCAACAAGAUUGGGCAAGGUGCUUCCGGUGGUGUCUUUACUGCAUACGAGGUAGGCACCAACAAGUGCGUUGCCAUUAAGCAAAUGAAUCUGGAACAACAACCUAAGAAGGACCUGAUCAUCAAUGAGAUUUUGGUUAUGAAGGACAGCAAGCACAAGAACAUUGUAAACUUCAUGGACAGUUAUCUGGUCAAGGGAGACUUGUGGGUCGUCAUGGAAUACAUGGAGGGUGGUAGUCUGACAGACGUGGUCACAUUCAACAUGAUGUCCGAGCCUCAGAUUGCGGCCGUGUGCCGUGAGACGCUGCAUGGUCUGCAAUUCCUCCACUCCAAGGGAGUCAUUCAUCGAGACAUCAAAUCAGAUAAUGUUUUGUUGUCUCUCGAAGGAAACAUCAAACUCACCGACUUUGGUUUCUGUGCACAAAUCAACGAGUCCCAACACAAGCGUACGACCAUGGUCGGAACGCCGUACUGGAUGGCUCCGGAAGUCGUAACACGAAAGGAGUACGGUCGCAAGAUCGAUAUCUGGUCACUCGGAAUCAUGGCUAUCGAGAUGAUUGAGGGCGAACCUCCUUACCUCAACGAGUCACCGCUGAGAGCCCUAUAUUUGAUUGCGACUAACGGCACACCUCAAAUCAAGGCCGAAGAGGAAUUGACACCCAUCUUCCGCGACUUCCUCGCAUUUGCCCUCAAGGUUGACCCUGACAAGAGAGCUAGUGCGCACGACUUGCUAAUGCAUCAAUUCAUCCAAACGGCAGAGCCGCUGGCAACACUUUCACCACUUGUGCGAUCAGCACGUCAAGCGAGAGCAGAGGAACGCAAGAACAAAGGCAUUUGA